UCUACUUUGUGGAAAAUUUUGAAAGAUGGGGAAAGAUUUCAAGAGUUUGGUUACUAGAUGCAUCUAUGUUGGGAAGAUGAACGAUAAUGCAAAGAAGCUGAAAAUCGCAACCGAAGAACUCAAAGAUCUUGGCAGCAACGUGAUGAAAAGAGUCAAGAUUUGUGAGGAGCAGCAACAGAUGAAGCGGCUAGACAAAGUUCAAUCAUGGCUAAGACAAGCUGACACUGUUAUUAAAGAAGCUGAGGAAUAUUUCUUGAUGUCUUCUUCGUCUUCUUCUUCCGGUUUGAUAUCGUCGAGCCACAAGAUGGAGAAGAAGAUUUGCAAGAAGCUGAAGGAGGUUCAAGAAGUUAAGAGUAGAGGAAUGUUUGAGGUUGUUGCGGAAAGCAUUGGAGGGAUUGGAGGAGGAGGGGGUGGCGGAUUGACGGUUAAGGAUAGCGAUGAGCAGACCAUUGGGUUAGAGGCGGUUUCCGGUUUGGUUUGGAGGUGUUUGACGAUGGAUAACACUGGGAUUAUUGGAUUAUAUGGUGUGGAAGGUGUUGGAAAGACGACGGUUUUGACUCAGGUUAAUAAUAGGUUGCUUCAACAGAAAGCGAAUGGGUUUGAUUUUGUUUUGUGGGUGUUUGUGUCCAAGAAUCUGAAUCUUGAGAAGAUUCAAGACACGAUUAGGGAGAAGAUUGGGUUUUUGGAUAGGACGUGGACGAGUAAGUCCGAGGAAGAGAAAGCUGCAAAGAUCUUUGAGAUCUUGAGUAAGAGACGGUUCGCUUUGUUUCUUGAUGAUGUUUGGGAGAAAGUUGAUCUUGGUAAGGGUUUAUAAAUGGAUUACUUAUGGUGCAAGCAGUAGUGUUUAUUACCUGUCGUAUAAGUUAUCUGUUUUC